GCGUUGAAAAAAAAAAGAAAAACGUCACGUCAGUCAGUUCGUCAGUACUUGCAUUUCUAAAUAUCCAAAAUAAAUUGUAUCGAAUGAAACAAAUCUUUGUUUAUUGUAUGGAAGGUUGAUUUAUUCUUUCACUCGUCUUUUAAAAUGGAUACCUACGAGAGUGUGAUACUCGUAAAAAAUGAAGUUUUUGUUUUUAAAAUACCCCCCAAAACUACAAACAGAGGAUAUAGGGCAGCAGAUUGGAACCUGCAAGAGCCACAAUGGACUGGACGCAUGAGGCUGGUUGUGAAAGGGGAGGAAUUGGUAAUGAAGCUAGAAGACAAAGCAUCUGGCCAGCUUUUUGCUAAAUGCCCUAUCGAUAAAUAUCCGGGGGUGGCUCUCGAAUCUGUGACGGACAGCUCACGUUACUUUGUUGUAAAGAUUCAGGAUGAUAAUGGUCGCAGUGCUUACAUUGGACUAGGAUUUGGUGACAGGUCUGACUCGUUUGACCUCAAUGUGGCCCUUCAAGACCAUUUCAAAUGGCUAAGAAAAGAACAGGAAGGCCCUGCUGCCCCCACACAGCAAUUAGACCUUGGUUUCAAGGAUGGAGAGACAAUUAAGAUCAACAUGAAAAUUACUAAAAAAGACGGUUCAGACACGAAGCCCCGUCGCGGCGUGGGCUCGGGCUCGGGCUCGGGCGGCGGGCUGCUGCCGCCGCCGCCGGGCGCGGGCGCGGGGGGCUCGCGCCUGCCGCCGCCGCCCUCGCCGCAGCACGCGCCCGCGCCCGCCGUGCCCGCCGUGCCCGCCGCGUCCGCCGGCUCGGAGUGGGGCGAUUACAACUCUGCUAGUGCUCCGAGCCAACAGGCCACGACUCCAGCAAGCCAGCAGAACUGGGUUCAAUUUUGAAUUUGUACAUAGAGUAUUAUUGUGAUUUGAUGUCUGUAAGUGUAGAGUGAAUGUGUUCUGCACAAUACUUAUUAAUAUACUUAAUAGUGUAGAAUUCAUAUCAACAUGUAGGCUCAAACUGUCAUAUUUUGUUGCAUUAAUAGCCAGAUCAACUUAAAGAAGACGUUAGAUGACAGAUCACAAUAAUAUAUUGCAAUAAUUAUAGAAAUACCGUUAGGAACGUAUGAUUUUUCUGUAUAUGUUGUAACUCUACUAUCGAUGAAGGAUGUAUGUUGUUGAGUUGUUCAUUUUAUAUGUGACAUUCCAUGGGUAAAGGUACUUUAUGGUGGUUGACACUUAGGCUAUUAUUAAGAAUGCUCCAAGACUAAGGCCUCAUUCUCACGAUAGCUUUUUCAACGCGCGUUAAAAAAGCGCUCUCCGCACUCUAAAUUCGAUUUAACGACCAAGGCUUAAAUUCGAAAAUCCAACAACGCUUGAUAAAAAGCGCCAACGCCUUCGACACAUGUAUCCAUUUGUGUCAUUCAAACGCUUUUUUAACGCGCGUUGUAAAAGCGCCCGUGGGAAUUGGGGCUAAUGCGGUGCUACGCGACGUAAGCUCCGACCACCAUAAGGUACUUAUACCCAUGGAACGUCACGUAUUGUUUUAUUUAAGUAAGUUUUAAAUAUAAAUUUGUUAUUAAUAUCUUCUUAACGCAUCUAAACUGUUUUUGCCGAAUUAAUUUUAAUUUUUAUUUCAAAAGUCAGUUGAGAAGUCAGAAAAGUAAUGAUACAAAUACUACAUCACAAAAAAUCGAAGUAAUAUUAAAGAUCAUGAAGAAUCCUAUCCUUGAUCAAAAAAAGGACCUCAAAAGUCUUGCCUCACUUUUCGGCUGAAAGUAUAGAAAUUGUUAUUUAAUAAUGUAGUUACAUUUGAGUGCCCGUUACCUUAUUUAAAAAUAAUGAAAUACUUAAAGUUACAUUACUUUACGAUUUAUUGUAGGUAAGCACCAUUUCUCUUGCUUUUGGCACUCAUAAUAUUUUAAUGAAGUAUCUAAUAGUGUAUUCUGUAUUAUUAUUCGCUUUUGUGAUUAAGUUUCAUUCCAUUAAUGAUUGUAAUUAAAAUCAUAAUAUUUCAUUGUAUAUAAUAUAUAUAAGCAGCUUCUUGUUAGAUUAGUCGACGACGCCUGGGCUAUAACCGCGUAAAUCGAAGUUCGUAAAUUGCGGGCAUUUUUCUCUGUUAGUCUAAUUACGCCUUCAUUGGAGUAAAAGAGAAAGAUCCCCGCAAUUUUUGAUUUUCGGUUUUCGCGGUAGCCCCUCUGACACCUAUAUAAUGGGUUUCUGAAUAUGUUUUGUUAUAUUUUUAACACGCGGUCACGAUUAUGUAGGAAAAACCAAGGUAUUGAUAUACAAGUGUUCAGAUGUAAAAGUGUUCAUGUAGGUAUGUGUUUUUAACUAGAUGGCAGUACUAAGCCGUGAGGUCCAAUAACACCUAAAAGUUGUAAUAUCGAAUUUACAACAACUAUAUCGUUCUAUUGUAUUAAUACAGCGAUUGACUUAAUCAGAAUAAAGGCUGCCAAGUUCUUGAAAUAAGGGUUUAUUUACUUAGUACCGCUUGUGUCAUCUCUUGUCGAUAUCUUGGCGAGGGUCAUAUUUUUAUACAAAUAAUUUAUUAUUAUUUAUGUUAUAUCUAUCACUUCUUGAAAAAGAAGUAAGAUCUAUCACUGACUCUUGUAAAGAGUAACCUAUUUUGGAUUAGAAUUUCUGUCUACAUAAUAGAACAACUUCCAGCGUUCCCUUGGGUAUCUAAUACGCUGAAAAAAUUAUGUAAAAUCACUACGACUACAGAUGAUUUGUGAAGAAGCACUAAUAUAAUGAAGGACAUUAUUCAAGUUGGCCACACAUUGCUAUGAAAACUGACCAUACCACGAAACAACGCAAAAGCAAGAUAUGUUUUUGAUUCAGUACCAUUAAAAAUACAUAUACAUACCUAUUUCCAUUCAUUUGAAUCAAUAUUUCUUGCGCGACCAGAGUAAUUUGAAACCAAUCGCAUUAUUAGCAAUAAUAAGUUAUAAUAAUAUAUUUCAGUACAACUUGCUAACAUCACGACAACCGACAACGAUACGUAGGCGUUAUGUCGACUUAAUAAUUAUCCUAUAGUAUAUGUAGAUACGUUUAAAGAUUGAAUAUGUUUAUCUUGGAAAUAGUUAUAGUAGACUAUUUUGGCUCUACUUUGUUAUCGUAUGUUGUUGAAAAUUGCAUGUUGUAGGUGGUUUCAGUGUAAAUAGGUACAAUUAUAAUAUACAGAAAUAAACAGAGGUACCUAUUUUAAAAUUCUAAACAUAUACUGUAUUAUAUGCAUACAGAUUAGAUGCAAUGCAAUAAUCACAUUAUUUUCGCUAUGUGUAUGGUAAUAGAUCUGUAUUCAGAGAUGUACAAAUAUAAUAAACGAGAAUUACCAC